GCUGUCACAGUCAUGGGAAAUAUGAUGGUGAUUGCAGCUUACUUUCGGGAUCAACGCAUCAGAAGCAAUGUGGCAAAUAUCUUCAUCCUGAACCUUGCAGUCACGGACUUCAUCGUCUGUACUUUCAUCAUUUCCAUCAAUACUUCCUGGAUCGUGAAAGGCUACUGGGCUUAUGGCGAAGUCUUUUGCAAGCUCUUGAUAACGGUAGAUUUCGUAGUGACCAUGAUGUCCGUGAUAACCAUGGUGCUGAUCAGCUGGGACCGUUACUGUCUUGUGACGAUGGGGAUGCGGUAUAAGACGUUUCAGACUAAGAAGCGUAUUGGCGUGAUUCUCUUCGUUGCCUGGAUGUCCCUUGGUCUGUGGUACUCAUUCGUGACGUUCGCGUGGAGCCCUAUCACAGGAGAAUACAACGUGGAUUAUUCACAACACUGCGAAAUGGAAUUCACAUACAGCGUGGCCGCAACGCUUAUCAUGAACAUAUUUGAGUUUUUCAUUCCGUUUACAAUCCUAAUCAUCCUCAACGUUGUUGUAUAUAUCAAUAUCAAACGGAGAUCCACAGGUAUCGUGGGACAAAGUCCUGCAACAAAUAUGUCGGUUAGGUCCCCCAAAAAGAGAAACAAGCAGAAUACCAGAUCACCCCGACGAGGAAACUACUGCCAUUCGGAAGAGCCAGCUAGCCAAGGGAUCGAAUCCUAUAAUCCUGCUGCCAACGCAGCUGCUGAUCCAAUCGAAAGUCACGCAGAUGGGGAGCAAACCCUCAAAGACUUACUAUCUACACAUUCAAAGAAAGAAGGUCGGAUGUUCGCAAGACACCGGAAAGCAGCUUUCGUUCUGUCCAUCCUGAUCGGGUGUUUCCUGCUCUGCUGGUUACCUUAUCAAGUGACGACCAUAAUGUAUGCUGUUUGCAACACCAACUGCAUUUCGGACAGGAUGUGGGAGGCCAAAAAUUUACUCUUGUGGUAUAAAUCCACCAUUAAUCCAUUCAUAUAUGCCGCCACUAACGUGCACUUUCGUCGAAAUUUUCGAAAUUUUUUGCUCCUCGAUCGCUGGGCUUGUGAUGUAAAACGCUGUAAAGUGAAAAGCCAAAAGGCAAACCAGAAUCAGGGUUUCAAUGAUAAUGGUACUCAUAAUGUAGUGACCUGA